AUCCCUCCCGAUCAACAUCAAAUGAUUGCGUGCGACUAUCCCGGCUGCACGGCUCAAUACCGGCGCAAGGAGCACUUGACCCGUCACGCCCGGAAACACUACCCCGCUGCCCAGAGAUUGACCUGCGACAUCUGCCACAAGAACUUUGACAGGACGGAUUCUCUACGGCGACACCACCAGGUGCAUCUGCGAGAGCAGGGCGAGAGUAUAGCACCGCGCGCAUCAAAGGCCUGUGAUAGGUGCCACAGUAGCAAAACGAGAUGUAAUGGCCAGGAACCGUGCAAUGUGUGUUCCCGGCGGGGGCUGUACUGCACAUUCAACCGACUAUCGAAGAGGGCACUGGCUGGUGACGACAACUAUGAAUAUCACACAGACAACAUUUCCAAUAAUAUCCAAGAUACAGAAAUGCAGAACAACAAUGCAUACGAUGGCUUACCAACGGACCCUUCCCUCAGCGCUGCACCAAAUCAUCCGACCUCAUUCUCCAGCAGCGAGAUCCAAGAUCUCCUGCGACAGCACGAAGACCGCCUCCGUGCACAAGGACUCUUAGUUAACCGGGAUGCCGAGCCGGGGUGUGGAGAGUCCCAAGAGCCAGACAAUGCGGAGCUGGACUUUGACCACUACGUGGAUGUGUACUUUGGCCACUUCCACCACCACUGGCCUAUUGUGCAUGCAGGGUCGUUCCGACGGAGCAAGGAGCCGCAGAUCCUUCUUCUAGCAGUUGUGAUGAUUGGGCUUUGGGUUACCGGCGAGACGGGCUCGCAGACUAGGGCUGUAGCAAUGCAUGAGAAAUUGCUAACUCUGCUAGAAAGUCGAACGGAUAACUGGAAACUGAACAUCGAAUUCAAGGACAAAAUGUGGCCCAUGACAACACACCAAGCGGUAAUUCUGAACAUCAUCUUCGCGAUAAUGCGAGACGCGCGUGAUGAUAUACUCCAGCGGUGUCGCAUUAUGCUCCAUGCUGUAACAGCAACCUGCAUAACAGGCGGCUUAUUCUCGUACCAGAACAUGCGGGCCCAGGUCAGCCCAACCGACUCUGUUCUAUUUGGGUGGACAUAUAUCGAGGAGCUCAAGCGCCUUGCACUGGCUAUCUUCAAACUAAACCUCCAUUUCGACACCGGGAUGCUGAGUUUAUCCGACUUGACUUUUCCGCUGCCCGAUAGCGGGUAUCUGUUUGACGCACCGGGAAGUAAUGAAUUCUAUCGCCGGUAUAAUGUCCAGGUUGAAUGUGGGACUUGCCCUGGGAGUAAGCCGCCGAUUCGCGAAUUGGUAAAGGCUGUGCAGGAGGGUAGGAAGGGGGGAGGUUUACUAUUUCAUGUUGAUCCAUGGCUUUCGUUUGUGGUAUCACAAUAUGCACUGGAGAGGGUAUUGAGAUACCUAACAGAGCAGAUGUGCAUAGGACAUGGACGAUGCAGUCACCACCAGAAUGGGACUUGGUUCCUUGAGAUGGAUACGUGGGGCCAGCUGGGGGUGCUACGACACCUAUUGUGCCAGCGCGACCCAGACUUGCCAUUCACAGAGCAGAUAUUAGACGACAUCGACACGGUCCUGACUCAAAAGCACAGCCAUACAUUGAUAACACCAUCCGCAUCAAUUACGCCGAGAAUCACUCUUACCCAUGGUGAACAGGCGACAAGAAUCUCGCUGUGGAAAGGCGACAUCACUACUCUAGGAGAUACUACGGCCAUUGUAAACGCAGCCAAUUCUGCCCUGCUGGGCUGCUUCCGUCCAUCCCACCGGUGUAUUGACAACGUUAUCCAUUCCGCGGCUGGUCCUCGUCUCCGUCAAGCAUGCUAUGGCCUGAUGCGAGAACAAGGCCAUGAAGAACUCGUCGGACGGGCAAAAGUGACGCCAGGGUUCAAUCUGCCAGCAUCUUAUGUCAUUCAUACUGUCGGACCGCAGCUCAACGGUGAUCGAACGCCCAGCCCCAGCCAGAGAAAGCAGCUGAGCGAGUGUUAUGUUUCGUGCCUUGAGGCAGCAGAGUCGCUACCGGCACUGCCAGAUGCACGCAAGGUUAUUGUGUUUUGCUGUAUUUCGACGGGACUAUUUGCCUUCCCGUCAGAUAUCGCGGCAGACAUCGCCAUAGAAACAGUACAUGACUGGUGCCUGAAGAACCCUGGAACAACCCUGACUGAUAUCAUUUUUGACACCUUCCUUCAGCGGGACUGGGAAUUAUACAAUGCUAAGAUUUCAAAAAUAACCACUGGUAUCGAUAGAGAUGCCCGAAUAACGACGGCUGCACAACCCCCAAGCACGGCUAUAUCUUCUGCAGUUCAACAGGCCCAGUCCUGGCUCCACGAUGCAGACUACCUCAUAAUCAGCGCCGGUGCUGGCCUUUCAGCAGCAACCGGACUAGAGUACACCUCUACAGACCUGUUCGCAAAAUACUUCCCAGCUUUCCUCCCCCUCGGUCUCAGAAAGCUCUACGACGUCUUCGGAUUCAGCCAGUGGAAAUCUCCAGCCCAGAAAUGGGGCUACUACUUCCACCACCUCGACAUGGUCCGCAAAUGGCCUGCAUCUCCUCUAUACAAGAAAUUAUUAAAAAUAGCCAACCGCUUCGGCAGUCGCUGCUUCAUCCGCACUUCAAACGCAGAUGGUCUCUUCGUGGCAAACGGGUUCCACCCAUCGCGCAUCUCAACUCCACAGGGGCAAUACGCCUAUCUGCAAUGUUUCGCGAAAUGUCGUCGUGAGGCUGUAUUCCCCUCUGCGCCGUUUCUUAAUGCCGCGCUUCCGUUUCUGCACCCGGAGACGCAGAUACUUACAGACGAGUCCAAGAUCCCAUCCUGCAAGUACUGUGGUGGUGAGCUGACGCUCUGCGUUCGGGGUGGGGACUACUUCAAUCAGGCCCCAUUUGUGUCUCAGGAGCGUGAAUAUGCACGGUUCCUGCGGCGGGUAUCUACAGAUAUAGAAAGGGGUGUCACUGCAGAGGGAGCAGCGACGACAAGGGCUGUUGUCUUGGAGCUAGGCGUCGGUUUGAACACGCCCUCUGUACUACGGUGGGCGAAUGAGGAGUUAGUCGAAGAAUCACCGAAAGGUGGGAUUCGAUUGAUUAGAGCGGGACUUGAAGCCGCUGGAUGUGCGCCUUGGGAGCUUGAGGAAGAGGGCCUAGCUGUUGGGAUAACAGGGGAUUUGAAUAGUGUUGUUGAUAUGCUGGCUAUUGAGUAGAUGGUAUAAAUUAACGCCUGCUGGUUUGAAAGAUAUUCCCAUUCAAUUAACAGCAGAGAAAGAGGCGAUGUCUUAGCUUAGUAGUCCGCAUUCCAUAGAGGCUU